AUGUCACGUGUGAUCGGUGAUAAGCGGGGUCACCUAGUUGAUAGAAACAGUCCAUUUAAAUGAUAUAUCGAUCAUUUAUUAAAAGAGUGGCGUAUAUCAAACAUCACUAUUGUUGGCUUAAUGAUGCAGAAAUGUUUUUUGUGUAAUAAUUUAUCAUUCUUUCUUUAAUAUAGAGGGUUUGAGAAGUGUACAAGUUGGAUCGUUGUAAGAAAUCGAAUUGGUUUGCAGUUUGAACCCUUUAGGCAUGUUAUUGACAAACUAGUUUUUUUUUUGCUUACCGAUUUAUGGACUUUAGCCAAAUCAUAAAUAAGAACAUGGCAUUUAUUUUUGUCUCCUUAGCUAGUGGAACUGUUUAAGAAUGAGACCACUGAAUCGAAACAGUCCAGACAGAAAUUAUUUUUGUCAUCAGCAGAUAAGAUUAACCCAUCUCCUUCUAGGAAUGCUAUAAAAUCUGCAAAGUUUGGUCUUGGCAAGUCACUUGCCAAUAUCUAACUUGGCAAAGAACAUGGCAAAGAAUUAUUGGGCGUUCUGCCUACAUUGCUUAACCCUAGGGUUAAUGUUGGGUUGGAGUCAGCAGGCUUCACUUUCGAGGAGAGAAUACUAUACGGCUGGUGUGGUGGAGUUUAAACCGUCGAACUUAUUAUCCGAUAAUCUAAAGGCCUAUGUGGAGAUCAUUCACUCGAAGAAUGCCAGCUCGACGGACAUUAUUGUGUUUCCGGAGAGCACCCUCAACGAUAUGGGUCCAACGACCUUUGUGCCCAAUCCCGAGGAUCGGAUAAAUCCCUGUUUGAGAAAUCUUAACGAAAGCCACUUCGAGGAUUAUCUGGUGACCCUAUCCUGUGCGGCCCGCAAUGCCAGCAAAUAUAUUGUGAUCAAUCUUACCGAAAAGCAAAAGUGCCAGGAUGUUCCCGAGGAUACGAGACCCUGUGCCGCGGAUGGCUUGAAUGUGUUCAAUACCAACGUGGUCUUCGAUCGUCAGGGAGUGGUGGUCUCCAGAUACCGAAAGGUUCACCUCUAUGGUGAACCCAAGAACAGCACUUACCUUCCAGAACUGAGCACCUUUGAGACGGACUUCGGGGUCACCUUCGGUCACUUCAUCUGCUUCGAUAUCCUGUUCUAUACCCCAGCCCAUCAGCUGGUGGAUCAGGGAGUCACGGACUUUGUCUACCCGGCCAUGUGGUUCUCCCAACUGCCCUUCCUUACAGCUGUUCAGAUCCAAUUGGGCUGGUCCUAUGCCAACGAUGUGAAUCUGCUGGCUGCUGGAGCAAGUGAUCCCACCGUGGGAAAUAGUGGUUCGGGGAUUUACCAAGGACGUAGUGGCACUUUGAGGAGUGUGAUGCGUCAGGGCUCCGGAGAAAGAGCUAUAUAUGUGUCGCGGGUGCCCAAGUACAAAGGAAAAAGACGUAUAAAGAGGGAUCUCAACCGACAGGUGGCCACCAAUUCAAGUUUCAACAUAAAGCGUGACUAUCUGGAGAACUUUACCAGUGAGGAGCUGCAAAUUGAGGCUGGAAGGAGCGGUCAUCUCAGCAAGAUUCUUUGUCAUGGUGGUUUCUGUUGUCAUUUCGAUGUGGCCUGGAGAUCCUUGAAAAAGGCUCAGAGGAACUCCAGUUACUAUAGCUAUCGUGUGGGCAUUUUCGAUGGUUGGCGUAAUCAGAAGCGCCUAGAUGUCAACUAUAUUCGAAAUUGCGGUUUGUUCACCUGUUCCGGGGAUUCAAUAGAUGAUUGUGGUCAGCUGCUGCCUGACCUUCAGAAGCCUGCGGUGACCUUCACCCAACUGGAGAUUCGGGUCACCUUUCCGCACUCAAGGGAGUUUCUAUUCUUUCCCGACACCCUGCUCGACAAUCUUUUGCCCCUGGAACCCAAACAAUUUGAAUGGGCCCAACAACAGCCCUCUGAAGAGAGCCAUCAGGUGCGAUUUGCUUUAAGGGAAUCCCAGGAGGUCAGUCACCUUUUGACCUUUGCCAUUUAUGGCAACUACUAUUAUAAUGAUUGCACUUUUGGUGUUGGAACUGCCGAGGAGCAACUGGCCUGUGGUUAUAAGAAUCCAAAAAUAUAAAAAGAGCUUAAGAAAUUUGAGUAAUUUUAUAAAACAUUUAUGAUAUUCCUAGCUAGAUCUAUUGUUAGUUAUUACAAUGUUGGCAGUAUCUUCAGAAAUUUUAGUUUUUUUAGCGAAUGCCCAAAAUUCGACUUUACUCAACUCAUAAAAAACUAGGGCACGCACAAAUCAGCUGAUUACCGAUUAAACCGAUUAGAUAGACCAUCUUUACAGACAGUAAACAACAAAAAAUUCA